AUGUCGACGAUCGAGGAUCCCUUUGUUUCCCCUUCCGAGGGCCACGAGGGCCAAGCCGCUCCCCGCGAGUCGCAUAGGUAUUCGUCCUUCGACACCCAGUUGUUCAGCCUGGAUGCGUCUUCCCCGGCGCAGGCAAAGCGGGCCCUCGAGGCUCACCUGGCGGAGACGGAGCGCAGGCUGGAGGAGGCGUCGAAACUCGGCACGGCGCUGAUCGAGCAGCAGAAGGAGCUGGAGGACAAGUUGAAGGAGGUCGAGCAGCAGCAGGAGGAGGGCCAGAUUGGGCCGGACCUGCGUCGGAAGCUGGCGGACCUGGAGCGCGAAUACAACGAGAUUGGCCGCGAGACUGCCAGGGCAUUCCUUGCCCCGAAGCGCCUGGCGGGUGGCGAUGAGCCGCACCUGGGCACUCCGUCAAUGGACCAGAAGUCGCCCCUCAGUCCCGCCUUGUUCGCCGGCCAGGCGACCAACUCUCCCAGUAAAGUGAGCGUACCAUCUCGAAAGCAGCGGAACCAGCCCUCGAGCCGCGUUCACGACAUCGAAUUUGCCACCGAGAUUUCCACGUCCCUCCUGGCUCAGGUGCGUCAGCUGCAGGCUCUCCUUGCCGAGCGGGAGGAGACGUUGAAGAUCGUCAAUCUGGAGAAGUCGCGGCUGGAGCUCGAGGCGGAGGGCUAUGCCCAGCGCAUUCGUGCCUUGGAUGAGAGCGAGGAGCGCUACAAGGAUGAGAACUGGGCCCUGGAAACCCGGACGCAUGAGUUAAUGGCCACCGUCAAGGAGGCCACCGAUCGAGAAAGCCGACUUAAUAGCAGCUUGGGCACCCUCACCACCGAAAAGAACGCCGUGGAACGCGAACUCGAGGACUUGAAGCAGACCAAUUCCAAACUGAUUGAAGACCAGACAGCGGCCCAGAAGGCAAACGACGCCGAACUUCACCUCUUGCGCAGAAACCUCAACGCGGGCGACCUGGAACGGCAGUCGUUGCAACAGAAGCUGGAGGAAUUGAACUCCCAGAACCAAGAGCUUGCGAAAGCGGUAGCCAUGCGACUGCGGCAGCACGAAGCCGAAGCUACUCGCGAUUCUCCUCGGGAUGACGACUCCGAUGAUCAAGGCCGAGCGACCCCGGACAAUUCCCCGCCCCCAUCUCCGAACAAGUUCACUCCUCGUCACAACCAUCUCGAGACGGAGACGUUGCGAAGCUCCCUGGGUCAUGCCCACCGAAUGAUCCAGAACCUCAAGAGCACCAUCCAUCGCGAGAAGACCGAAAAGAUUGAGCUGAAGCGGAUGCUGCAAGAGGCCCGGGAUGAAGUUGAGCAGCGUCGCCGUGAAGGCGCCGGGCCGGCAGGCCCGUCCAACAAGCGCCAGAAAACUAAAGCUGAGGCCCAAAGAAAACCGGCCCGUCCGGAUCUGCUUGGUGCCGGUCGACGCCAAGCGACGGAGAUUGAGGUGCACGACACUGAAUGGGAAGACAACGGCGCUGAUUCGAGUCCGUCGCACAAGGCUGCCCUGAACUCCUCUCGGGGCCCUGCCGGCGGUCAGUCGUCUGACGAGCCCAGCGAUACGUACCACACUGCCACCGAGGCGGACGAUGCCUUCGAGACCGCAAACGAGCGCGAGACCGCGACGGAAAGUGACGCGUUCCAGACUGGCAUUGAAAGCAUGGCCGAGAGUAGCAGCGACUCGGGUGAUGCCACAGAAACCGAGGACCGCCUCCAAAGAACACCUCGCGGCCGUGUGUCGUCUUUGACUCUGACCAAGACUCGCGAUCGAACGUCGUACCAGAGCACUGCUUCAACUUCCGGCGAUGAAGAUGAUACCGAACCCGAGGAAUUCCCGUCCCCUAGUCAAGUCUCGACGGCUCGCUACCGCCUGAGGAAGAAGCGAAGCGUCCAGCGGAGAAUCCGUCCUUCCGGUGAGGCUCCCAUGGCAUCUACAAGCCGGCCAUCAAGUGCUCGAGAAUCCCCGGCGACAAGCUUCAACGAAGAGCUGGAGUCAUCGGAAGGGCAAAGCUUGUUUGCAGAGCUUGCUGAACUGGAUGGCGAGGAUGACGAAGGCGAGUUUGGCCCACCGAUGCAACGCGAGCCCACUUCCUCGUCUUCCACCCCGCGAAUGAUCCCCAUGUCCGAUUCGAGGAGACCGUCAGAGGCUCCACUGGAAGCUCCACUCAAACCCACCAUGGUCGACUCUGGUGUCAUGACCGAUCCCUGGGAGCCCCUGGCGUCCGUUAGCCAGGAGUCGACUGGCGACGAGAUUGUCUCCAGGGCGCCGGCAACGCCAAAGAAGGCGGCAAUGUCCGACGCGGGCACUGCUACCGAGGCGCCCGAAACUCCACAGGUGGCCCAUUCGGCAACCCAGUGGACGCCGCUGAAAGCACCCCUUGACCGUGAUGGUGAUCAUGUAUCAGACGCCCAGCGUGAUGAAAACGACCAGCCUGCCCUGCUACGACUGGAUAUCUCAUCUAUUUCCACCCAGGAGACCACGCCAGUUGCGCCCACCCGUCCCGAUUUGAGCACGGCCUAUCUUGUCGGAGGCCUGACCGAACCAGUUGCGCUUCCUACUGCUGAGCCCGCAGAAAUCAAUUACUCGGUGAUCUCCUCUCAAUCGACGGAGCCGCUCGUGGCCACACUUCCCACCCCCGAACCGGUGUAUGUGCCAAACAUGGUCGUCUCUUCAGUCCUUACGGAGCACACUCUACCAGUCGUGGCGACGCCCGUCGAGCCCGUGGUUGAACCUCCGGUCUCCGUCUCAGAGCGUGGCACUAGCACGGACAUCCAACAGUUGGCCGUUUCGACCCUCUUCUCUGAGCAGACAGAACCGGUGGUCGCUACUCUGCCCGAACCGAAACCUGAAGUCGCCGUUGUAGAGCGCGCUGCCCAAUGUGACCUGCCAAAUAUGACCGUUUCUAUUCUCACCCCAGAAUCGACCGAGCCAGUCGCUCCACGAGUGCCGGACGUUGCCCCACCAGUGGCGCCCCAAGCACCAGAGGCUGCCCCAGUGCCGGAUUUGGCUCUUUCACUUCUCACCCCCGAAUCCACCGAGCCGGUAGCGCCACAAGCGCCGGAGGUCGUCCCCGUACCAGAAUUGGCUCUUUCACUUCUUACCCCAGAGUCAACCGAACCCAUCGCGCCGCAAGUUCAGGAGGUUCUUCCAGCGCCUGAGGUUGCUGUUCCAGUGCCUGAGCUGUCACUUUCUACAGUCCACUCGUUGGAAACGCUCCCCGUCCAGUGCACGCCAGCCCCAGCCCUUCCUGCAGUGGCUCCAUCCGACAACAUAGCGUAUACCACCCAAGAUCGGGGUGCUGGACCUGACACCGAAAUCCCCAACAUUCCAUCUGUGGUGGUCGCCCAGGACGAUGCGACGGAGGACUCCGUUGAUGUCAAUGGCACGAAGGAGCAGGAGACGGAAAGUGUGCUACCUUUGGGCUCCAUCUCUGGAAACGCGGGCCCGCGCCACGCAAGACGCCUGUCCUCUUCUCAAUUGGCAGACCAGGGCGCUCAGACAAUCCUGUCCUCUAAGCAGAUUGACCAGCUGCUCCUUGACCGCGUGACUUCUCGCCCCUUAUCUCCCCCAGACAGCGAUAAGGCCAAGGAGCUGAGCAACUCUCCCUUCGCCACGCCGAAGGCGCGACCUCGACCCGUUCAUCAGGCUUCGACAACAUCUCUCCACCGGCGGCCAAGUAGCGCCAACAGCCUAUCUUCAAGUGUGCACAGCCAUCCCCCGUUGCCUGCCGAUCACAAGGAAGCCAUCCUGGCUGCCGAGAAGAAAUCACUCGAUCAGCGACCCGCAUCCCCUGCCCUCAUGGGGCCUCCGCUUGCCCCCGCGUCCGCCUACAAGACUAACGCUUCACAACGCCCGCGAACUCCGAACGAGCCGACCGGCUAUGUUCACUCAACGAAAACCACCUCGUCGCGUGCCAAAGGAAGGCGCGAAAGUCAGGUGUCGCGAAGGUCGUCGGUUUCAUCCUUUGCUUCCGAGGUUGAAGAACGGUUCAAUGGGCAUCCCAACGCAGCUGGCUUCCCUUACGGGCAUCCCGCUGGUACAGAUGCGCGGAUGAUCCAGGCGAUCACCCAGACGAUGAUCGGAGAGUUCCUUUGGAAAUACACCCGCAAGGCUGUUUCCGGGGAGAUCUCGAACACCCGACACCGCCGAUACUUCUGGGUGCAUCCGUAUACCCGCACGCUGUACUGGAGCGAGCACGAUCCGCAAACUGCCGGCAAGACCGAAACCCGGACGAAGAGCGUUCCCAUCGAGGGUGUCCGAGUUGUGGCGGAUGAUAACCCAUACCCCCCUGGCCUUCACUGCAGGAGCUUGGAGGUCAUUAGCCCGGGUCGUCGGAUCCGGUUUACGGCCACCACUAGCCAAAGACACGAGACCUGGUUCAACGCGCUCUCAUAUCUUCUGCUGCGAAACCCGGCGGACGAAGGUGAAGAGGAGAAUAACGUGACCUUGGAAGAUAUCGACGAGUUCAACCCUGGAUUCCGCUCGCGUUCCCAACAAACGGCACGCAUGUCAGUUUCUUCCUCCCAGAGCCGUCCUCUUCGAAACCCACCGAAGCAGCGGGCGGCAUCGGCCAUGUCUGUACGCAACAACAACACCUUGACACCUGGCCGCGUUUCUCCCGCCUUGAGCACGCCCUCUCAGUAUUCGGAUCAGGUCCGACACAGCUCCACAUCCCGGCUAAGUACGAUUUUGAACUCGACGAUCAAGGGUUCGCUCGGCCGACGAGGUCCGGGCUAUGCCAGUUCCAGCCUCCAUGAUGGUAGCCUCCAUGACCACGAUAGCGAAGAGGAUCUACGACAUAUGAUGGAGAGACAAGAGCAGAAUGAUCGACUGGAGAAUGUUCGCGCUUGCUGCGAUGGCAAGCACGAUGUCAGUUCGCUGUCAAGGAUGAGUCGGUAUAGCCCACGGGCCAACCGUAUCCACUCCCACCAUUAG